AUGAUUGAUAAUCCAUUUUAAUUUGAGAAGGAUCCUAAAAAGUUUACUAAUUCUUUGGAAUACGACAGGAAUGCAAUUGAGGAGGAGGACGAUUAGAAGUAGCAGACCAGAUUAACUUAACUUUAUAUUGGUAAAUCUGCAAGUAGAUAUGGGUUAUUGAGAAAAUUAGAAGAGUAGAGUAAAUUUAUUUUAUCUAGCUUAAGCUGAGAAAUUGGCAGUCGAGAGAGAUCAUGUGUUUUCUUAGGAUUUCAAAUCAAAAAGUUUUAAUGCGAAGCCAGAUCCAAUUUCAUGUCAUUUGAAACAAUUUAAUCCUAGGAUGCUCGAAAAGAAUUAUUAAGAUUCUUUAUAGAAAGGUUAUAAAAUAAGGAGUAUUUUGAGUGAGAAGAAGGAAACUCUUUAAGAUUUUGUUGAAAAGAAAAGAGAGAUUUGUUUAACAAAUCUAAAUAUUUUAACAAAAAAAGAGGAGACAAAUAGACUCGAGGAUUUUAUUAAGAAUGAGUAGGAAUCAUUGAGGGCUCGAAAAUUAUACUUCAAAAACGAUUGCGAAUUGGUCAAGAGAUUUAUGAGUGAAGUUAAGUCUCAAGCGGAUUAAGCCGCAAUUUUAGCUGACAAAGAGGUGAGAAGGAAGGAAGAGGUCAAAGUUGAAGUUGCUAGAAUACUGGCCUAAAUUGAUAGAUUGAAGUUGUAGAGAAGCAAGCUUUAAGAUGAAUACGAUAAACUAGAUAAAUAUAGAUAAUUUUUAGAAAAAAUCAAAGUAAUGCACACAUUAUAAUCAUUAUAGCAACACUACAAAACCAAAUUUGCAGAUUUAGAAAAGGAUAUCACCUUACCUUAAACUACUGCUACUUCCAAAAGAACUUUGUUUUUGACUGGGGUGAAUGUUUUGGAAUCUGAGACUAGAUCUAAGGAACAAUUGGAGUAAUUGCAAUUUGAAUAUAAGCAGAAUAGGAUGGCUGAUACUGUGAUUGAGAUUUUGGAUGCAAUUGAGGAGGGAAAUCUAAGAAAUAUGCAGAAUCAGAGAGAUGCUGAAGAGGAAAUGGAACAAAAGAAGAGAGAGGCUUAACAUCUAAGAGAGAUAUUGGCGAUUCAUUAGAAGGAGAAUGAAUAGAGAUUCAAAGUGUUAGAGAAACAGUAUGUCAUGCAUUAGCAAUACCAGCAGGAAUUGAAAAAAUAAGAAAAAGUGGAUUAAAAUAAAUUGGAGUUCGCAGAAGGUGAAAAUCUGGAUAUGGAUAAGAUAGGGAAAAGAAUAAUAGAGAUCUAUACAGAUGUUUCUAAGAAGGAGCAAGAUCCUUUGAUAAAGAAAUUGGGGAUCGAUUCGAAGAUGCUUAAAUUUACAUUAAAUGUAUUUUGAAUUGGUCUAAUGAUUAGUAACUCGAAAAGGUAGUCUUAGAACUAUCAGAAUAUAAGUUGCAAUUCCUAAUGAAAUCUAAAUAGGAUUUUAUAGAUGCGGAAAAGAAGAUCAAUUUGAAGAAAAAGUAAAUUGUAUUAAUAAAUGUUGUAGGGAAUAGAGGCAGACGAAUUAGAAGGAUGAAGAGAAGAAGAAGCAGAUAAUUGAGAGAAGGAGAAAGAAGGAAGAAUAGAUGGCCAACUUUUAUAAAGGGAGAAAGGAUAUGAGAAGGAAUUAUCCAGCUGAAAAAGUGGUGGUUGAAUAGGUUGUGGAGGAUAAUGAUGAGAAUGAUGAUGAAAAGUACUUACAAGAGAGUUAUGAAUUGGUUUAUGUGCCAUCGUAGAAAGUUGAUAAUAUUUCAUCAUAGUAAUAAUUAUAAUAAUAAUAAUGA